AUGAUCACGACGUCACUCUUCCCCCAACCUGUACACUCCCUGCCGUCUCCGGCUCCUUCAGUAGCAUGUACUUCAACUGUCUGCUCUAUCACGAACAUCGAUGACCUUGCACUCGCCCGUGUACCAAUUCCCACCGGUGGUCACCCAGAGACCCUUUCGCCUCCCGAAUCCCUUACUGCUGCCGAGGACGCCAGGGAAGAUUCGACAGGGGAUGAGCUGCCUGCGGAAAACCCAAAACUCGCUAUGGAUUUCAUCAAUGAGCCGGUAGAAUCGGAUGAAACCCUAGUGAUGGAAAUCAAGCCGAAACGCCGACUACCCAAGAAAACAUACUCAAAGAAAGACAACAAGGGGAAAAGGCGGUCGUCAGAGGUAAUCGAGGAUGAUAGUUAUGAUUCCAAAAGCGACGCGAGUUCCUACAUCCCACCAGCGAAACGAAUAAAAGUGGUUGGCCUGAAGAACCUCGGGAAUACGUGUUACAAUAAUGCAGUAAUCCAAGCUCUCAGCCAUACAAAACCCCUUCGUGAUUAUUUUCUGGAGCGGGAGACACAAAUACCGGAUAAGGAGAAAACGGAGGGCGGUGGACGAAAGGAAGAUGCAGCGAUUCAGGUCCAAAUGCAUAUGGCAAGACCGAGGACACGGAGAGCUGCUCAGCUAGAAGAACAAUAUACCGUCCCGUCAGACGUAAAUCUUUGUGAUGAAUUUUCUCGUUUGCUGAAACUUAUGUGGAAUGACGAGCCAUCGAGCGAGCCCAUCGUCCCACCCAAACCACGUCGGAUAUCUAAAUCGGUGUUGGUUGUUUCCCCACAUGCGUUUGCAACAGCUGUAGCGGCUGUUCUGCCACUUUUUCAAGAACGUUAUGAGCAGCAUGACGCUCAAGAGUUUUUAAGGUGUGCAUUGGAGCGGAUGCAGAAUGAACUGAUAACGGAAAGGGCUGGGAGAACGGAUGAAUUAAAUCCACAAGAACAACUGAAUCCAUACCGUAUAGAAGACAACAUUGUUCAAAUUGUAUUUGGUGGUAUCCUGUGGAACAAGAUCAUAUGUUUGUCUUGCGAGUAUUACACCAUUAAGCCAGACCCGUUCUUGGAUUUAAGCCUUGUAAUUCCUGAAUUAUCGUACCUUCAAGCAACGUCGAAAUCGGCCGAGCCGCAAAAUUCAGUCACGCUGGAGGAUUGCUUAGACUUGUUCUCAUCUGCUGAAGAACUCGAAGGCUCGCCGUCUCCACCCGGUUCUGCCGCUUCGUCUACAAAUGGAACCGGACGCUCUUGUCUAUCAUGUGGCUCGGAUACGGGCUUCUCGAAGGCAUUCAAGUUUGGUGCAUUACCGCGGAUACUAUGUAUUCAUCUGAAGCGGUUUCGUUGGAGAAGAAAUACAGUCCGUGGAAGUAAACAAAAGGUCGAUGCACAUGUGAGGUUUCCUCUGGAAGGACUGGACAUGGGCCGCUGGAUGGACAGUACCGAUCAGGUAGAACGUCUGUACGACCUCUACGCUGUAGUGGUUCAUCAAGGAUCUGGGGCGAGCUCCGGACAUUACUAUGCCUAUGUCAAAUACCAAGACGAAUGGUGGAGCAUCAACGAUGAUCGUGCACACAAGGUCACGCCGGAAAUCGUUGCUAAGGCGAAAGCCUACCUUCUUUUUUAUCAACAAAAGGAAGUUGGGGAUUCUGUCGAUGAGUCUCCUGGACCCGAAGCCUCAGCAACUGCUGAGGUAGUACCAGUAUCAUGA